AUGCGAACGUCGGGAAGUGGCGCUGGCGGUGGUAACUCGCAAAUGAAGUUGCGUCGCCUGCUGGUGUUCACAUGCCCCGGCAGCGAAACCGCCUGCGGCUCCUUGUGCGUGGACAAAUCUACUGACAUUAACAACUGCGGGGCGUGCAACAAGUUCUGUGACAUGACGGAGGAUUGUUGCGGCGGCAUCUGUGUAGAUCUCUCCAGCAGCAAAGGCAACUGCGGCGCCUGCGGUGCGCGUUGCUCGGGGCAAUGCACCGCUGGCAUCUGCUCCAACUAA